UUUAUAACCCAUUUCCUUUGAUCAUUAAUUUUUUGGCUUUUAAUUUCUUUACAAACAUUUUUAGGGUAUGAUAAAUUUGUUUCAAUUUCUGCAGAGAAUCCAUUUAAAGAACCGAAAAAUAGCUUCAAUUAUUCUUUAUAUUAUUAUGAAGUUAAAUGUAUAGUUUUUGAAGGAAGUUUAAAUAAAGAGGGGAAAUGGAUGGUUUUUGGACUUAAAAAUUUGAGUACUUGUAAUUGGAUUAGAUGUCAAACUAAAGAAGCUGAAAUUAUUAACGAGAAUAAGGAAUCGUUUAAACUUACACAAAUACUUGACUUGGAUAAUGGCGACAUUUUUGGUUGUGGAUUAGUUUAUCCACCAACUAUUAAAUUAAAAUUUCCUUAUAUGUUUUUUACACUAAACGGAAAACAAAUUGGUUAA